AUUCUGCCCAUCCCUUGAAGUCAUAAAAUGUGACCGCCCAGCAUAUUUCUGUUUGCAAUACUUGUUUGGCUUCUUUCAUGGUUCAAGGUAUAGUAAUAUUUGUAGCAGGUGACAGGGACUCACUUCUUCAGUGGAAGAACACCAGAGGACUUCGCCUUGGGUAUCUUCGAAGGGAAUGUGUGGAAAUAUCCAUUGAUAUCAUGAAACUCUGAACCUGCAGUCAACAUGAGUUUUGAUUUGGAUAAAGGCAAUAAGUUGGUCCUUAGUGGACGUUCUAAGAGCAUUUCUGAUCUGCUGGAACUGGAUGAUGACAAUGGCAAGGUGGUCGUUUCUGGCAUAAAUGAACAUGAACAAGUUAGCAAUAAUUUGGGACUGAAAGAAGGAGAUGCUCUCCUUGGAGCCACCAUUUAUUUUGAAAACAUGAAGAAAGAAGAGGUCAUGGAUAUUUUGAAAAGGGCAGAGCCAUACAAAGGUGGAUUUCAACUACAUGUCAAAAAUGAGCCUACGGUGCCUCAGACUGGCAUAUAUGCUCUUAAAACAGAUCAUGUGGGUACGAGAGCUUCAGUAUAUGAUGACAUCUUUAACAAUAAGGUUCGCCGAUACCUUAAAGGGUCAACUUCCUUGCAAGAUGGAUCCAAACCAGACAAAAAUAAUUUGCAAUUUAAAUCUAACACCUUGCAGGGCCCACAAAUUGAUUUGCCUGGUAUUCCUACUCCAGAUUUACAAAUAAGCACUAAAGAUCCUUCUUUCAAGUUACAAACACAGCUGAAAACCCCUGACAUUGACACCAACAUAACUCCUAAAGUGCAAGGAAAGAUCAGCUUACCUGCAACUAAAGCAGAGGUUGAUGGUAAGCUAAACACUCCAGAUGUGCAACUCUCUAUGCCAUCCAUACCAAGUCAUGUUGUAAGUCCAGACAUGAAUAUAUCGCAACCAAAUGUGAAAAGUUCUAAAUUUAAGAUGCCAUCACUUAAUUUUUUCCCGUCCAAGAAGACUGGUGAUUAUAAAGUAGCAGGGACAAAUAGUGGACCACAAGUGCAAGCUGAUCUUCCUAAUGUAAAAAGUCCAGAACUUAGUGUUGACCUUCCUAAAACAGAUAUAAAUCUAAAAACAAAGGCUCCAGGUAUACAGGUUGAUUUUUCAAAACCUGAUGUGCAAAUCCCAAAUCUAAAAGGACCAGAAUUGAAUGUCAAUCUACCCAAAGCUGAUUUGAAAACACCAAACCUGAAGGGACCAGAAGUGAAUCUUACCAAAGCUGACUUGCAAAUGCCAAAACUUAAAGGACCAGAAAUCAAUCUGGACCUUCCCAAAGUUGAUUUGAAAACCCCAAAUUUUAAAGGAUCAGGAUUGAAUGUUGGUCUUCCCAAGGCUGAUUUGCAAAUGCCAACUCUGAAAGGACCAGAAGUGAACUUGGAUCUUCCCAAGGCUGAUCUAAAAAUGCCAAAACUGAAAGGACCAGAAGUGAAUUUGGAUCUUCCAAAAGUUGAUUUGAAAGCACCAAAGCUAAAAGGACCAGAAGUGAAUUUGGAUCUUCCCAAGGCUGAUCUACAAAUGCCAAAACUGAAAGGACCAGAAGUGAAUUUGGAUCUUCCAAAUGCUGAUUUGCAAAUGCCAAAACUGAAAGGACCAGAAGUGAAUUUGGAUCUUCCCAAGGCUGAUCUACAAAUGCCACAACUUAAAGGACCAGAAGUGAAUUUGGAUCUUCCAAAAGUUGAUUUGAAAGCACCAAAGCUAAAAGGACCAGAAGUGAAUUUGGAUCUUCCCAAGGCUGAUCUACAAAUGCCAAAACUGAAAGGACCAGAAGUGAAUUUGGAUCUUCCAAAGGCUGAUUUUCAAAUGCCAAAACUGAAAGGACCAGAGGUGAAUUUGGAUCUUCCCAAAGCUGUUUUACAAAAGCCAAAACUGAAAGUGCCAGAGAUGAAUUUGGAUCUUCCAAAAGUUGAUUUGAAAGCACCAAAGCUAAAAGGACCAACACUUAAUGUUAGCCUGCCCAAAGCUGAUUUGCAGUUACCAAGAGGGAAAAAAACUGAAGUGAAUAUUGAUCUUCCUAAAGCCGAUUUGCAAAUGCCCACACUUAAAGAACCACAUGUAAAUCUUGAUCUGCCCAAAGUAGAUUUACAAAUGCCAAAAGUGAAAACACCAGAACUGAAUGUAGGUCUUCCUAAAGCCGAUAUACAAAUCCCAAAACUGAAAGCUCCAGAAGUGGAUGUUGAUCUUCCCAAGGCAGACAUUAAACUUCCAAAUUUCAAAACUCCACAUAUUGGUGUCCCAAAUGUCAAUUUGCAAUCACCAAACUUAAAAGGUCCAAAUAUCAGAGUUGAUGUUCCAAAGGCAAAUCUGGAAUUACCAAAAGGAAAUGUGCCAGAAGUGAAUAUAGAUCUCCCCAAAGCAGAUUUAAAUGUUCAAAAACUGAAGGGGUUUGGAGUGAAUGUUCUUCCAAAGGGAGAUAUAAAACUUCCAAAGCUAAAAGGUACAGAUGCAAACUUUGAUCUUCCUAAAUUUGAUGUAAAGGUUCCCAAAGUUAAGGGACCAGAAGUAAAAGUUGAUCUUCCAAAAGCUGACAUAGGCAUCCCAGAAUUAACAGGUCCAGAAGCAAGUGUUGAUCUUCCAAAUAUAGAUAUAAAUGUUCCAAAACUAAAAAGUCCUAAAUUAAAUGUUGAUUUUCCCAAUGCAGAUUUAAAUGCUCCACAAUUGAAAGCUCCAGGAGUUCAUCUUCCAAAAUCUGAUUUUAAAAUUCCAAAUGUGGAAGGCCCUGAUGUUAACCUUGAUGUUACAAAACCAGACAUGAAAGGAAAAUUUAAAAUGCCCACCUUUAAUUUAUUUGGUUCCAAAAAGAUGCCUGAUAUUGAAUUAGAUUUUAAACCUCCAAAAUUAAGGAGUGAUGCUAAUCUAUCAAUCCCUGAUGUGGAUUUAAAGACCACUGACCUAAAUUUUAAAACCCCAGAGCCUAAAUUCAAUGGGCCCAAAUUUAAAUUACCAUCAUUUGGGGCACCAAAGGUAGAAGCUAGUGGUGGGAUUCCAAGUGUAGAUGGAAAUUUAGAAGGGCCAAGUCUAGAUAUUAAUACUCCCAAUGUGAACUUGUCAGCACCUAAAAUGAAGGGGGGAUUAAAUGUUCCUGAAGCCAAUAUAGAUAUUCCAGAAGCCGACUUAAAAGGUCCAAAAUUUAAAAUGCCUUCUUUAAACUUUAAAAAAUCUGAGCAAAAAAUAAGGAGUGAUGCUAAUCUAUCAAUCCCUGAUGUGGAUUUAAAGACCACUGACCUAAAUUUUAAAACCCCAGAGCCUAAAUUUAAUGGGCCCAAAUUUAAAUUACCAUCAUUUGGGGCACCAAAGGUAGAAGCUAGUGGUGGCAUUCCAAGUGUAGAUGGAAAUUUAGAAGGGCCAAGUCUAGAUAUUAAUACUCCCAAUGUGAACUUGUCAGCACCUAAAAUGAAGGGGGGAUUAAAUGUUCCUGAAGCAAAUAUAGAUAUUCCAGAAGCCGACUUAAAAGGUCCAAAAUUUAAAAUGCCUUCUUUAAACUUUAACAAAUCUGAGCAAAAAAUAAAUAAUCCAACGAUUAAACUGCCGUCGUUCCAAAUGUCAAAUCCAAGUGUUAAAACUCCAGAUGUAAAUGUAAAUGCCCCAGAUGUAGACAUCAAUGCACCCCAAAUAAAAGUUCCAAAUAUACAUGCUCCAAAACUGAAUAUGCCUUCAUUUUCAAAACCUUCUUUUCAAAUGCCUGUUCCAAAGUUAAGAACACCUGAAUUAAAAGUAGGUGGCCAAUUAAAGACUCCUGAAGUGGAUAUGAAUGUACCCCAAAUAAAUAUAAAAGGUUCAGAACAAAAAAUAAAUCCGCCUCAAGUUACAGUGCCCUCAGUUGACCUACCAAGUCCACAUAUUUCUGGCCCCAACAUAAAUGUCAGUGGAAAAAUUAACAAACCAGAUGUAGAUAUGGCUUUGCCUCAUGGCACAGUCAGAAUUCCAGAUAUGCCACAUGCUGAUUUAAAAGAGCCAAAAUUUAAGAUGCCAAAUUUGCGCCUUUUUCCAGCGAAAUUUAAUGUACCAGACUUCCCGGAUGUUGAAAUUGGUGGAUUAGAUUCUGUGAAGUUUGAUAAGCCUACCCCUCCCAAUGUACAUGGAAGUCUCACAUUGCCCAAUAUGAAUGUAAAUUCUCAAAAUGUCAGUCUUAAAAGUCAAGAAAAAAAGGCAACUUUGCCAAAGUUUAAGUUUCCUGGCUUUGGAAAAUCUCGAACACUGUCAACAGACUAUGAUGCUAAAAUCAAAAUACCUGAUGCCUCACUGCCAAAAGCAAAUGUAGAGAUGGAAGGUCCAUCAUUCAAUGAUAACUCAGCUAGCAUUAAAACAAGAGGUGCCACAUUCAAUGUUCCUGAUGCUGAUUUAAAAGUUAGGGCCCCAGAACUAGAAAGUGGCUUACAAGCACCUAAUGUUCAAGUUAAAGCACCCAAGAUUACUAUGGAAAGUUUAGAUGGCACCUUAUCAUUACCCACAUUUCCAACCUCCUCUGUGAAAAUGCCAAGCCCUAGUGUUGACUUACCAGAUGGCCAAAUGAAAAUUAGAGAUACACCUGUGCAAAUAAAAAGCCCUUCUUUUAACAUAGAUCCACCUUCUGCCAAUAUAAUUGCCCCUAAAAUAAAUGUGGACAUGCCCUCUGCCAACAUUAAACCUCUGAAAAUAAAAACUCCUGUGCUUCCAGUGAAUGAUUUAGAUGUACAAAUUCCCCAAGUACAAGGCAAUCUGAAUUUUUCUGCUCCAAAACUGGAAACUAAUGGAUUAAACGAUCUUGACAUUGAUGACAAAAUUCCAUCUGCAAGUUUUAAUGUUCCAGAAUGGAAGAAACCAUUCUCAGGCCAUACAGAGGUGCCAGCUAUAGAUAUUAAUAUGCCUCAAGUGAGAGGUAACAAAGAUGGCGUAUGCCAACAUUGCCACAUGCCUAUGAAUGCCUACUUUCCACACGGACAAUUGAAUUCUCCAGAAUGGAAAAUACCUUUUACUGGCCAAACAGAAGAAAAUGGGGAAGAUAUAAAUAGUCAGUUUAAGGUACCUAGUGCAAAUGUGGAAAUAGAUUCACCCAAAACGAGCCUCAGUCCACUCUCAAAGCUUCCCUUUAAAUUUCCUGAAUCCAACUUCUCUUUGCCCGACGUUGACUUUGACUUAUCAGGUCCAAGAAUAAAAACAUCGUAAAUUCCCACUUUCUAAAUUUACUCUGCUACCUUCAGUUCCAUUAUGGACAAACUGCAUAAGAACACCUAUUGCAAACAAGAACAAAAA